AUGUUUAAAUAUGCCAGACACAAUUUAAAUGUCAAUUCACUCUUUCUAUCUCUCUUUCUUUUCUUUUCUUUCGUUCUUACCAAUUCUCUUUUUUCUCCUUUUUUCUGUCCCCGACAUUUUCUCUCCAUUUUUGUCUCUUUCUUUCUUUCCACAUCUAUUUCUCUCUUUUUAUAUUUGAGUCUUCCUGUUUAUCUCCCUCUCUUCAGAUUUUUAUUCUUUUUCUCAUUCUCUUUCUUUUUCUUCUCUGUAUUUUUCUUCUUAUUUGUUUGUUUCUUCCUUAUAUCCCUCUCUCUUUCUUUCAAUAUCCCUCUCUCUCUCUCUCCUUCACCCCCUCUGUCUUUCGCAUUUUCACUCAUUUAUUCUUUUAAACCAAUACAUAUUCCCUUCUCUCUUCCUUUCUCUCUUUCUUUCUCUCAUUCCGUCUAUUCCAUCGGGGGAUCUCACCGAUGGGCGGUGGGAGGAAAGUUUGAGGUUACCGCCGACAACUCCCUUCGUGACAUUUUUUUUUUCUCCUGCCAGUCAUCUCCCGGCGACGGGAAAAUCGGGUACUGGUUCGGGAGGGACGGAGAAAAAGAGGGACGAAGACGGCAAGCGCAGUCCGGAUCGGACGCGGCUGGACGACGUGACUCCCCGCUGGAUUGUUUUCACCACGAUACAUCUCCCAAGCGCUCAUUCGAUUUCGGUUUAUUGACUCUUUUAUAUAUCUCUUUCUGUUCGUUCACACCUAUCUAUCUAUCUAUCUAUCUAUCUAUCAUUUGUUCAUUAUCUAUCUAUCUAUCUAUCUAUCUAUCUAUCUAUCUAUCUAUCUAUCUAUCUAUCUAUCUAGAGUCUGUUCAUAUCUAUCUAUCUAUCUAUCUAUCUAUCUAUCUAUCUAUCUAUCUAUCUAUCUAUAGUCUGUUCAUAUCUAUCUAUCUAUCUAUCUAUCUAUCUAUCUAUCUAUCUAUCUAUCUAUCUGUUAGUUCAUUAUCUAUCUAUCUAUCUAUCUAUCUAUCUAUCUAUCUAUCUAUCUAUCUAUCUAUCAACAGUUUAUCCGCACUCUUAUAUAAAUAUAUGUUAUGGCGAAAUUUUGUAUAA